AGGGCACUCAGUUUAACAGCUCGAUGAUCUACGGCAUCUCGGUUUGGACAAAAAGUGUCGUCUCCAGUCCAUCAAUGACGAUGGGUGACACGAUUUUUGAAGAAUUAGAAGAUUUGAUGCAUUUUUCUGUCGCCGAUUUACCCGCUCGUGGAUAUGCAGUGAUGGAGGAGAUCCGACGACAAGGGAAACUGUGUGAUGUUACCCUAAAAGUAGGAGAGCACAAAUUCAGUGCUCACAGAAUAGUCCUUGCUGCUUCUAUUCCGUACUUCCAUGCCAUGUUUACCAAUGACAUGGUGGAAUGCAAACAGGAUGAGAUUAUCAUGCAGGGCAUGGAUCCCAGCGCACUUGAAUCCCUAAUAAACUUUGCCUACAAUGGACACAUAGCCAUUGACCAACAGAAUGUCCAGGCUCUCCUGAUAGGGGCCAGUUUCCUGCAGCUUCAAAAUGUCAAAGAUGCCUGCUGCUCUUUUCUACAGCAGAGGUUGCAUCCAAAGAAUUGCCUUGGUGUACGGCAGUUCGCAGAGACUAUGAUGUGCACCACACUUUACGACGCAGCCAACAUCUUUGUUCACCAGCAUUUUGUGGAGGUAUCUUUGUCCGAGGAGUUCCUGGCCCUUCGGCCGGAGGAGGUGUUUGAGCUCGUGGGCUGCGACGAGCUCAAUGUCCAAGCAGAGGAGCAGGUGUUUGAGGCCGUGCUUGCUUGGGUGCAACAUGCACGUGAAGAGCGUGAGCCACGGUUACCAGAGUUACUGUCUAAAACCCGACUUCCUCUAUGUCGACCUCAGUUCCUUGCUGACCGAGUCCAACAAGAUGAGCUUGUACGCUGCUGCCACAAAUGCAGGGACCUUGUAGAUGAGGCAAAAGAUUACCAUCUGAUGCCGGAGCGACGGCCGCACCUCCCAGCAUACAAGACCCGACAGAGAUGUUGCACAUCCAUCGCAGGUUUAAUCUAUGCGGUCGGGGGCCUCAACAGUGCUGGUGACUCAUUAAAUGUCGUGGAGGUAUUUGAUCCAAUUGCAAACUGUUGGGACCGAUGCCAACCUAUGAGCACAGCCCGCAGUCGAGUGGGUGUUGCUGUUGUGAAUGGGCUGCUUUAUGCCAUUGGUGGUUACGACGGUCAAUCACGGCUUAGAACUGUGGAAGUUUACAACCCAGAAACUGACACGUGGACCAAAGUUGCUAGCAUGAAUACUCAACGCAGUGCAAUGGGAACAGUUGUUGUUGAUGGUCAUAUAUAUGUCUGUGGUGGAUAUGAUGGCAAGUCCUCUCUAAAUUCAGUCGAGUGCUAUUCCCCAGAGACUGACAGAUGGACAAUAGUUACAGAAAUGAGUGCAAGCCGCAGUGCUGCUGGUGUUACUGUGUUUGAAGGCAGAAUAUAUGUUUCAGGCGGUCAUGAUGGCCUACAGAUCUUUAACACAGUGGAGUACUAUAACCAGCAUACAGCAUUAUGGCACCCUGUCGCUCCCAUGAUAAACAAGCGCUGUCGGCAUGGUGCUGCAGCCGUGGGCAGCAAUCUGUAUGUGGCAGGAGGUUACGAUGGCUCUGCGUUCCUCAGUGGAGCAGAGGUGUACAGUUCAAUAACAGAUCAGUGGAGCCACCUAGUGGCCAUGAACACUCGACGCAGCCGCAUUUCUCUAGUAGCCAACUGCGGUCGACUCUAUGCAGUGGGAGGUUAUGAUGGACAGUCCAAUCUCAGCUCUUUGGAAAUGUACGACCCAGAAACGAACCGCUGGACGCUUAUGACACCGAUGCUUUGCCACGAGGGCGGGGUAGGGGUAGGCUGUAUACCCUUACAGCCAACUUAACGCCACAUCUCCCUUAGCCCAAAAGGAUUUUGAUAAUUUAACAUAAAGAAAGAAAAGUUUUUGUACUGAAUAAUCUAACGAAAUGCACUCAUGAUCCUUGGUUCACAUGUUUGCAUUAAGAGGUACCAUUAUUCAGGCUUUUAUUCUAAGAAAAGCCUAAAGCAGAUAUGCCAGUACACCUUUAAUGGUGACAUAAUCCUGUUCUGUUCUUUUGACGAGCAAAUGUAGAAUUCAUACGUACGUUCAAAGACAUUGACAUCAACUGGGCCGCACUUCUGCUAAAAAACGCACUUUUGCACUGUUAACAGGUAGCGUCAGUUGUGGGCCCUUUUAAGCAUCAGUUGUAUAACUAAACUGGAAGCCAAUUUAGAUUUCUAGACAGGUAAAAGUUAACCACUGUUAAUCCAUGCCAUAAUUGGGAGAAAGAGUAUAAUCAAGUGGGUAUGAUUAAUGAGGAUAAAGCUGUUUUUAAUUCUAUUUUAUCAAGAUUUUUCUCACUUAGAAGUACUAAUCAAAUGUUAUUUGGGAUAUUGCUCGUAAUGAAUGUUGCUGUUUUGCAGAACAUGAUAGAAAUGUGAGCAAAAUGUGUCUGCACAAAACAUCUGCUAGAUGUGCCAUGACUUUCCACUUUACAUGGGACUGUUCUGAUUUCACCACUUUAUUGACUUGAAUUCUCUUACUUUUUUUGGGAGGGGUGGAGGGGGGGUCAGGUUUUAAUGUGCAGAUCUUUUUGAUUUUGGGAUUGCCGAUCACCAUGAGAAUCAGUACACAUACCAAAAAGAGGGAGAGUGAAAUUGACAUUAACUGACGAUUAACUUGUCAGAUAUGUGCUCACAGGAUUAUUAAGUAAGAGUUUUUUAAGUAUGAACGUUCCCUUGUGCUUUCUGCAAAAAAAAUGUCAAAAUUAUGGUUUAUGACUGUAUACAUUUUUAACCUUUUGCUUUUACUUUCAAAUAACCCAUCUGAAAUUAGGAUUACUGGCUGUGAAUUUUUAACAUGGUUUAUAUUUUCUUUCUCAUAUUACCAAUACUGCAUUUCUCUGCUGAUUUUUCUUUUUUUAAUGAUUUUGUAUUAACUUCCAAUUGUGAUGCAGUAUUUCUAUGUUUAAUUUAUUAUUAGCUGUAAUCAUUCUUUUUAUAGCAUUGCACAUUGUAGUCACUUAAAUGAGAAUCAAGUUUACGUUUUACAGAAAUCUAUAUAUAUAUAUAUAUAUGUAUAUGUAUAAAUAUAUAGAUCACAUUUUCUGUAUGUGUUUGAUUAUUAUUCCUCAGCUACCUCUGUAUGAGAUGGGAGAGCUCAACAGGGACAAAUAUCGAGUCGGUCGCCCUGAUAUCUUUUAAAAACAUUCCCGUUUAACCUGAAGGAACGGCAUUAACUGAGAUCUUUUGUGUGGGACUAAAAUAUUCUUUUUCACAUAAUUCCUAUAUGUCUUAAAUAAACAUUGAUUUUAUGGACACAAUGCCGCCCUGUGCUGUAAUUUUCCCUGUGACGCACAACAACUUUGGGUCACACCCUUUGAGUGGUGUUUUAAUUGAACAGACGUGUGCCUGUUCACUGUUAGUAUGAGAGUGAAGGAUGACUGGGAACAUGCAAAGAUCCCUGCUGGUGUUGCUGCUCAUCUCUAUGCUGAACUUCUCAGCUGCUUUUCCCAUGGAGCCACUUCAGAAGACACCUCUACUGUUCCAACCAUCAGAUCCACAGCCGUCAGAAAGUGUAACACAAGGAAACUCGCAGGUGAGAAAUGUGUUUGUGAUGUGACACAAUCAGACCUAUUUGUUCAUGUAUGUAGAUUAUUACAGCUGUGCUGAUGUUUAUAGGACGUGAGGGUCAGCAGUCUGGGAUUCCGUCUGAAAAGAGCGAAUUCUGCUAACACAAAGAAACCGGCCCGUUACUGUGCUGGAUGCUUCUCAGUUAUUGGAGACCCAACAAGACCAGAGAAAUGAAAUCUGCUGUAUCCAAAUUCUACGUAAUUCAUAUACCUAAAUAUGCUUAAUAUUCAGUUUCUGUUGGAAAGAAUAACUUGUUUUUUUUUUUAAUGCAGCUAUGUUUUAGUAUACUAUGUUAGACUGUCAUUUCUUAAUUUUUCAUGAAUUU